UCAUCCGUGGAUUCACCGUCCUCCCCAUCCUUAGCUCGAGGCCACCCCUAACUAGCCCUUGCCACACAAUCACUCGACCCCGCUCCUUUCGCAUCUUCUCUCUCGCAAGAGAGAGUGCAAACCCAUCCCUAUGCAUUCGUCAACCUUGUAGCUUUUCCACCGCCAGACAUAGUCAUGGAGAGAGACUGACCUUUUGUGCUGCAAAUGCAUAUAGCUCUUUAGCCUGCUGAAACACAUUCUCUGUCUGUCCGCCCCUUCCCUGCGCUCAUUCCAACCCUCCUCCUCCUUCUGCUUCUUCUUGGAGAGAUGCAGACGCGAGAACAAUCCCUUCGAGAGCACCACGCGCGCAGACGCGGACCCCGCGACGAUCGUCACCCUUCCUUCUCUUCCACUCUCCUCGACUCCAUCUAUCGCUCCAUCGACGAACCGCGUCCCCGCGCCGGUUCGUCCCAUCCCUCCGCGCUCUUCCGCGACCCCCGCGCCCCCAGAAGGAAACACCCCGUCGCUACUGAAGAAGAACGAGAAGAAGAAGAAGAAGAAGAAGAAGAGGAAGAGGAAGUAGAGGGGGAGAAGUUGGCCCAUCGUCCAAGGAAUCGCGUGACGCUCGGGAGGUGGAUGGAGAAGAAAAUGCGCGACGAGAGGGUCGUCCUCCGCAGGAACUCCGUCGCGGCCGCCGAUGCGCGCCCACGGAGCGAUCCCGACAGCCGCUCGGCGUUCGUCCUGAGCUCGAGCUCGAGCUCUUCGAACUCGAGCUCCGGAGGGCGAUUCUCGUCGUCCGAGUCAGAGUCGACUUCGGCUCGGGGUGGCGCGAAAGCGCGGUCCCUCUGUUGCGACGCGCCAUGGCCGAAGCCGAUUCGCACGCGCGCCUCCGUACGGUCAGAUACUUCUCCUCCUCCCCCGAUACAUCCUCCUCCGACGUCGUCCUCGUCGGACGCGAGAUUCUCUCUGGUGAAGACCAAGGCGAAGGCGCUCAGAAUCUACGACGACCUGAAGAAGGUGAAGCAGCCGAUCUCGCCGGGUAAUCGGCUCGCGAGCUUUCUGAAUUCUCUCCUCGCUUCGAAGAAUUCUAGGAAAUCGAAGAUUUCGAGCUCAUUGAAGCAGUGCGACGAGAGCGCGGAGGUUUCGACCACGGGCGACGACGGUGUGCACGAGGACGUCGCUCCGGAGGAAGAAUCGAAAUCCGGCAGCGCGUGGAUGAACGCGAAGGCCUCUUACGGCGUAGUUUUAGAGAGGAAAUCAAAAUAUGGCUACGAGAACACGAACCAGAAGGCUUCGCCCUCCACGAACGAAGGUAUAUACAAGGAUUCAAUCUCAUUUUCCCAGAGCAAACUCAUAUCCAGCAGCGAUGCACUGAAGAACGCGAAGAUCUCGAGCUCCGUAGGACGUCUAGCCGGCGACGGCGUCUUCGAGAGGAAGUCGAAUCCCGAAUGCGGUCACGAGCCGGCUUUUCCUCCGCUCUCUCGGUCGCGCUCGGGCCCGAGCGACUCCGUGCCUUAUUCGUCCGGCGAUAGGUCAGUGAGCAGCUUCGCGAAGAUCAGGUCGGUGAGGUUCAACUUACCGGAAGAAGACGAAGCGGCGGCGGCGGCUCCGACGAGAGCUCGCGGCGAGAAUGACGUCGCGGAGACCGUUCGAGAGAUCAUGACGAGGUUGAGGAAGAGGAGCGAUCAGAGCGAGAGCGGCGGUUCCGUUUUUGCGAGAGAUCGAAACGCGGAGGAAGAUGACGGUUAUUCGAGCUCUGAUCUCUUCGAGCUGGACAAUCUCACGCACAUUGGACAUUACUGAUAAAUUCGGGUCUCGUGAAGGGCAUUUUAGGAAAUGAUGAAUGUCCGAGGUUGGUUGCAACACGUACUCAAAUGUCCAUACUAUUUAAAAGAGGUAAAUUUUUCUUUAGACUCGGUUCGUUGUAAAUUGAGCGAUUCGAUGCGUGGACUUUACGUGAGAUUCACAAGAUCCCUCCGUCUCAAGUCACCGGCUUCACCGGCUAAUAAAUGGGAAUGCAACACGAUGGCUUGAACCCAUGUGACGAGAGUUCAGACAUAAGAAAGGGGGAGUAGACGAGGCAAGCCGCAGGUCCUUUGCCUCUCCUCGUCGGUCGACCGUUCGUGAUCAGAGAGAAGAGCGUCAAGCUAAGCUUUUUCUCUCACUCUUUCUUCUCCUCUUUUGCAUGUAAAUUCGUUCCACGAUGCUUCGACAGAGCAUCGAAAUGCACUCUGCCCGAUGCGGGGCUC